AUGGGCAAAUUAAUAAAAAAUGUAGCAGAAAAUGUUUAUAACGUUAUUCCUAAGCCUUCUAAACCUUUUGUAGAUAUUAAACGCAUCAAAUGUAUUGGUGGGAAGGGAGGUGAUGGAGCUUUAGCCUUUUCUAAACAUGGCCCUCACCAUCUACUGGGUCCAGGUCUUCCUGUAGGUGGAAGAGGAGGAAACGGAGGCAAUGUUUAUGCAGAACCUAUUAAGAAAUUGAAUGAAAGAUCUGAUUUCAGUAGUAUUCCAUCAGUUGUUGUUGGUAAAAACGGCUCACCAGGCAAAGGUAAUAGAAUUAGAGGUAAUAAUGGAGAGGAUGUAUUAUUAAGAAUGCCAAUUGGGACCCAGAUAUAUAAAUUCGAGCCUUUGGGGGAUUUGGAGAAUUGGAGGAAUUUGUGUGAUAAUUGGAGUAAAAAUUUAAUCGCAGAUUUUGACUCAAUUGAGUGUGAAAGGGUAUUAUUGGCUUCUGGAGGAUUAGGAGGUUUGGGGAACAAUUUUAGUACACCCUACGAAUCGGAAUUUGGAACUGAACCUGAGGAAAAUUACUAUGAAUUACAACUAAAAUUAAUCGCAGAUGUUGGUUUAUUAGGGUUACCAAAUGUUGGAAAAUCAACACUUUUUUCAACAAUAACUCGGUGCGUGAGUAAAGUUGGUAAUUAUCCAUUCACAACAUUGUCGCCAUAUGUUGGAUAUGUAAAAUUUAAUGAUGGAGUUGACUUAAGUAUUGUGGACUUGCCUGGAAUCAUCGACUGUGGCAAAGAAAACUUGUUCCUAAGUCAUCUUGAGCGUGUCAGGCUAAUUCUGUACUUAAUUGAUCCCUGCAAUCCCACACACAACUGUAUAGAAAACUUUAACACUCUCAGAUGUUUUAGAGAAAAACUUAUUGGUUAUAACUUGUCUGAAAAGCCCUUUAUAAUAGUAACAUCAAAGAUGGAUAUCGCAUGCAAAUUAUCUUGUAAAAGGACGGACGAGCUUCAGCAAUACGUAUUGACUUAUGUAUUAACCUUUUAUUUAGCUGUUCUCUAUCGGAAUUAA